UUCAGGAAAAUGUGGUGAAUUAAUUGCAUUUGGUGGCUGCUUCAUUUGAGUCUUUCCUGCUGUUUUUCCUGUCACUCUUUCGGCCAUGAUUAUUUUUACGUUUUAAGCCACUGUCAACCUAAUUGAUAUUUGUGCUGAGCAAAAUGACACUAUUUAGCCAAGCUGUUAUGAAUAAUUUGUGUUUGAAUCGUGUUGCCCGAUAAUUGAAUUGUUUAAUUAUUGAUAAUUAAGCGGGUGGAACUUAAUUUAAUGCUCUGUGUUUGCACGAUGCAGGGCAGUAGCUAAAUCUCCUUUGGAGAAGAAGAAAAAAAAAAGUGGGGAGGGAGGGAGAUAAACAAUGCCACAUUAGCUUCAUGUCUCCCUCCGUAAUGAUGGAUGUGUUGCCUUAAAUAAGCAAUUAACCAUUUGCUGUGCCUUUGUCUCUAUCCACAUUUGUAGUAAUGAGUUGGCUGCUUGCAUCACCGUGCGGUGGUGACGUGUGGCGUCUGGGAGCUGUCCCAGGAAUCAUGGUGCUGAAGCUGCAGCACCAGUUCAGCAGCCAAUGAUCACAGGAGAAUCCGGGGAUACGGAUGCUUUCAUUGAGCGCAGGACAGUCCGACAGUCGUGUUGGAUCCUGACGGAGGGAUUUAAACCCAUCGGCUUCUUCCUCGGACAUGGAAAUUUGAUAAUUGGGGAUGUGAGCUUCGCACAGAGUUGUCAGCGACCUGCAGUCUGGUUGGAGAUCUAUGAAAAAAAAAAAAUCCCGUGAGUCGUAUAGAAAUCGGGGUAGCUCGCCAGCUGUUCCAUUUUUUGAACUUAAUGGCUUCAGACACUUGUUUGCAUCGAUGGGAUUUAUUUGCCUUUUGGAUUUACAUUCCCGUGGGAAGACAGUAAAAGACUUUAAUUUAGAAUAUACGGAUAUCAAAACAGAAAACUAAAAACGCUGCUUUAAAGCCACGGCAAACGCUCGGCAAACGCACCGUCUGCCCUCACUAUCCCAUCUUACGACAUAUAGAGAAGUGUUUGCUCAUGACGGGGACUCCUACGGUACAUGCUGUUUGCUUCCAGCACCGUUACAUGGUGCUGUGAGUUUCUGACCAGGAGACAGUCUGAUGCUGCGCAGCCAGGGCAUGCUGAAGAGCCGCUGUUGCGUCCUGCUCGGUGACCUGAGGGUGCUCCUUCUCGGGCCACCGGCACCGCCGACACCGCUGCCUCCGCUGACCCCCAUGAGCGGCCAAACUACGGAAAGCCAUGAGACAGGCGUGACCGUCCCCGACAACAACAACACGUUAACGCGGAGCCACCAGCACGCAGGGGACCGGGUCGCCCCACCUGCAGCAGGAGCCACCGGGCCACCGGGCGGGGAGCGAGCGGGCUGGGUUGAUGCUGCAGAGCUGUCGGCGGCCCUGCGCGGCUGCAGCAGCUCCUCUGAUGACUGCUCUAAGGGCAAACUGGAGGAGAGGUUCUCCCUCACCAGCUACACAGAAAGUGGCUUCAGGACGCCCGUGUGCAGGAUCUGCUUCCAGGGACCAGAACACGGGGAGCUCUUGAGCCCGUGUCGGUGCAGCGGGUCAGUACGCUGCACCCACCAGCCCUGCCUCAUCAAAUGGAUCAGCGAGAGAGGUUCUUGGGCCUGUGAGCUCUGCUACUACAAAUAUCAGGUCAUUGCCAUCAGCACCAAGAAUCCACUGCAGUGGCAGGCCAUCUCUCUAACAGUGAUAGAGAAGGUGCAGAUAGCAGCAGCCAUCUUGGGCUCCCUGUUCCUGAUGGCCAGUAUCUCCUGGCUGGUGUGGUCAUCUUUCAGCCCGUCAGCCCGCUGGCAGCGACAAGAUCUGCUUUUCCAGAUCUGCUAUGGCAUGUACGGCUUCAUGGAUGUCGUCUGCAUCGCACUAAUCGUCCACGAGGGACCGUCUGUGUUUCGUAUCUUCCACCGCUGGCAGGCCGUGAACCAGCAGUGGAAGGUCCUGAACUACGAUAAGUCUAUGGACAGCGAUGACCUGAAGAACACCACUGUGGACAGGACUCUGUCUCAGCCCAGCCCGGGCUAUCAGACUGGAAUAGGAGUGUCCACCUCCACCUCCUCCCUGAUGGUGGUAGCCUCCACGGCGGCGGGCUCCACUUCUACAGCCAUGGUGACGGCCGCAGGAGGACUGGGAGCACACGUGGACACCAGCAGCGGCAACACAGUGCCCGACCAACACUGUCCCUACAACAUCCUCCACCUCCUCAGCCACCUGAGGCAGCCAGAGGCCCGCAGCCAACCCAGCAAUAGCACACGAGAGCUGGUCAUGAGAGUCACUACAGUCUGAGGAGUCAGUUGAGGCCUUAUCUCACAUGGAAGUGAAAGAUUUAUGAACCAGCUGACAGCUGAAAUAAAAAGUCCAAUCUUAAACUGCACUGGAUUAAUACCAAGUUGUUGUUUGUUUCAAAAUGCAUCUCUGAUGUCCUUACAUGGAUUGAAUAAAAGUCAAAGUUGUUUGAUUUGCAGAACUGGUUGGAAGGUAGUUUUUCUUCUGGAUAUUGUGGGUAAAAAGAUGAAUAUACUGUAUAAGCUCACUCCUGACCUUUUGAAACAAUGUACAGUGAAGAGAAUCAAAGCUCAG